CCUUGCCAUCGCUUCAAUAAAGUUACCUCUUUUUUGUUCAAUGACGAUGCUUUCCCAACCCCCCACCAAUCAUUAAAAAAAAGAAAAUAAAGGACAACAAAAACGGAGGUAAAAUCCGAAACACUAGUAGCAUGGUUCACUCCUCAUUCGAAGUGAAUUGCUUCUUCCCUCUGCUGUCUCAUCUUUCCUCCCCUCCCCUCCCCUGUUUUCCUCUGUUUCUUCCACCCCAAAUGCACAGAUCAUUCCACCUCCUUGCCAUUGGCAUCAUCUUCUUGGUCUGGCCGGACGCAGUUGUUUCGGUGGACCUGAGAUUCAAAGCCUGCAGAGGUCAUAGCUGUGGAAAUGGUCCCAAUAUAAGCUACCCUUUUUGGAUUGACAAGAGGAAUGGCUCCCUCUGUGGCCUUCCAGGCUACAAGGUCACUUGCAAAGGCAAAAACCCGGUUCUAGGAAUCUCGAGCGAUGAAUAUAUCAUCAAAGACAUCUUCUACAGCAACAAUUCAUUGCUCUUGGCAAGCAAAAUGGCCCAUGAUUUUGAUAAUCCAUGCCCAAUUCCCCAGCAUAAUUUCAGCAUUGAGGGGACUCCAUUUCGCUGCAGCUUUAGCUACGUGGAUCUCUUCUUCUUCUACAGCUGCACCAAGUACCCCAUUGAACAAACAUACUCAAUUCGUUGUGCCAGUAACUCCACCCAUUUCUCCUUUGCUGUUUUCCAUAAGGAGAUCUUGGAGUUCAAGAACUACUCGAUCGAGUCGUGCCAUUCUUGGGUCAAGGCACCUGCAGAGGCUGAGCACAUAGGGAAGUUGUUGCGCAUGAAUUUUACUGAUGUUUUGAGAAAAGGGUUUGUUCUGCAAUGGGAUGAAAAUCAUUGUGCAGCCUGCAGGAGAAGCGGAGGCCGCUGUGGCUCUGAUAACCGCAGAUUUACCUGUUUUUGCCCGGAUAGACCCCAUUCCAGAGCCUGCAAUGAUGAUAAAGUUACUUGGCAGGUGAAGCUUGUUAUAGGUUUGGCAGCAGGAGGAGCUACAAUCUUUAUCAUGGGGCUAGUUCUCUUGGUCUAUUAUCGUCGAGACAGAAGAAAGGAGGCUACUCCAGCUUACUCGUCGUCUAAAGGAACUCCGAAUUGUUCUUCUUCUAUGGAAGAUCCUGAAAAGGCAGGAUCCUUUAACGGAAUCCAACUUUUCAGCUACAAUGAACUGCAAGAGGCCACCAACAACUUCGAUUCCAGAAAAGAAGUUGGAGAUGGAGGAUAUGGCUCGGUAUACAAAGGCAAGCUCCAAGAUGGGCGUUUUGUGGCUGUGAAAAGGCUCUAUGACCAUAACUACAAGAGGGUUGAGCAGUUCAUGAAUGAAGUGGAGAUCCUCACGCGCUUGCGCCACCAAAACCUUGUCACCCUCUAUGGCUGCACCUCGCGCCAGUGCCACGAGCUGCUGCUCGUGUACGAAUACAUUCCUAAUGGCACGGUUGCUGAUCAUCUUCAUGGGGACCGAGCCAAGCCGGGAUCAGUCUCAUGGGGCACCAGAAUGAGCAUUGCCAUUGAAACAGCCAGGGCACUGGCCUACCUCCACGCAUCGGAUAUCAUCCACCGCGAUGUCAAGACGAGCAACAUCCUUCUGGACAACAAUUUCUGCAUCAAAGUGGCCGAUUUCGGGUUGUCCCGGCUCUUCCCAAGCAAUGCCACCCAUGUGUCAACUGCUCCACAGGGCACUCCAGGGUAUGUGGAUCCAGAGUACCAUGAAUGCUACCAGCUGACUGACAAGAGUGAUGUUUACAGCUUUGGGGUGGUUCUUGUUGAGCUUAUAUCAUCCAAGCCUGCAGUGGACAUCACUAGGCAUCGCCAUGAAAUCAACCUGUCCAACAUGGCUAUCAGCAAGAUCGAAAACAAGGCGCUGCACGAGCUUGUGGAUCCAUGGCUCGGGUUUGAAGAGGACUGCAAGGCGAGGAAGAUGAUCACAGAGGUCGCAGAGUUGGCAUUUCGGUGCUUGCAGUUGGAUAGGGACUUGAGACCAUCUAUGGCAGAGGUUUUGGAGGCUUUGGACCUGGUUCGGGGCGGGGAUUGCAAUGGAAAAUAUGCAGAGGAGGAGGUGGAUGUUCCAGCAGCAGCAGAUGAUGCUGUGCUGUUGAACAGUGAUCCGCCAACACUUUCACCUGAUUCUGGGGUAGCCACUUGGAUUAGCAGUGGAACAACAUCUACAUCUACUGGCUAGCUAGCUAGAUAGCAUUAGCGCACAGAUUCACUUGCUAAUUAGGUUUUGGAUCAUGAUGCAUUUUGUUUCCACUUGAUUGUGAUAUCUAAUUCAUACCUUCAGGUGCCUUUUAUUUUUGGCCAUAUGCCAUUCAGAUAUAUGACGGCAAGCCUUUGUAGUAAUAGUAAGAUUGAUAUAUAUAUAUAUAUAUAUAUUUUUCCGAGAUGUAUACAACAGCGACUUUCACUCAACAGGGAACGCCCC